UUUUGAUUAACAUGGCUUUGUUCAAAAUAAUUUAUUAUGUUGGAGGUUUUGCAGCUUUAGGCUACGGUGCACUAAAAUUCACAGAACUAAAUGAACAUAAACUUCUAAAAGAACUUGCACCAUCAGCAGAGCCUGCCACAGAUGCAGAGAAGAAAAAAAAGCUUAUGAUGGAGGUAAUAAAAAAUGCAGCAGACAACAAAAAAACAAAAGAACACUAUCCAACAUCACAACAACACAUGAUUCAUGUGAAAAAAGAAAGUGACAAGUGAAUAACUCUGGUAGUGAACUUUAGAAAUCCAGCAGUGUUGUAAACCUUCCAAUAGCGUCUAUAGUUGCAUAACAAUGUCUCAACAACAAUUAGCAGCAUUUCUCAGUGAAUUGAACUUGUUGGAGCAAAAAGUUAAUAAUUUAGUAAGUGGUGAAAAUGUGAAUACUAAUGUUGCAAGUGAAGCUCUUCAAAAUUUAACCAGAUUUGUGUCCGAAAAUGCCCCUAGUCUUCCAGCAUAUGAACUGAGAAGAGCACAUGGAGAAAUAAUGAAGUUAAAAACUAGGAUUUUAGAAAUCGAAGAGAAAACUAGACGUCAAGGAAAAUUCAAGUUUACCAGGACUAACAAGGAAAAACCUCAAGUUAUGUCCCUGCCUACUGAAUGCCCAGAAGAAAAAAUUAGCUCGGCUACUGAAAGACCUUCAAGAGGGUUACUUCCUACACUAAUCAACUUGACAAAUGAAACCAUAACAAUUGAUUCAAUGGAAUCAUCAAGUAAAGAUAUUUGGCUUGAUAAUUUGGAAAAAAGCACAAUCAUAAUCAAAGGAAUUCCAAGUGCACUUCACAUGACUAAUUUACGUGACUGUAAAAUUAUUGGAGGGCCAGUUCUUACAUCUGUCUUUCUAGAAGACUGCUUUCAUUCGAUAUUUGUUGUGGGUUGUCAACAAAUGCGUAUCCACAAAAGUAAAGAGUGCGACUUUUAUCUCCAUAUCUGCAGUCGAGUCAUAGUUGAAGAUUGCUUCGCUUGCCGUUUCGCCCCAUACAACAGAGAAUAUUGCGAGAAGGCCGAAGAAUUCAGUCGUGCAAAUUUGGAACUUUCUGUCAAUCACUGGAACUGUAUCGAUGACUUCAACUGGCUGUCUGUAGAACAAUCACCUAAUUGGUCAAUCUUGCCUGAAGAUAAAAGAAUUAAGUUGUAGGUUACAGAAGUAACAGGUGUUGUAAUCACAGGCUUAAGUAACACAAAUACAUCAGUAUAGUAAAAUU